AUGGCGCUAUCGCCGCCCGUUCCCCCGAAUGGUCGGGUUCUCGUGUGUUGUUGGGGGGAUCUCCGGCCUCCCCUUUGCGAGGCGACAGAGGCUGCCCCCUCCGCUCCGGCUGCUCGAGCUCGGUCGCCGGGACCUGGCGCGACUUCCAUUCAGGCAAAGAGAUCCCCACAGACGGCGCCAAUGUUCGUUCGUCGGCUUCCGAACAGGUCGGGUGAACAGAAGAUGCAAAGGUGGAUAGGUGAGGAUGUCUUAGUCCUGGUCGCACAGAUUGGGGUGGCUGCUCGAAAUUCUUCAGGGAGUGACUAUCUUAGAAUUCACAACGAUGCACGUGCAAAAGUUGGUGUAGAGCCACUAAAGUGGGACCGGAAGCUGGCAAGACAUGCUAUGGGAUACGUGUAUAAAUACAUUUCACGUUGCAAUAUCAUUAGAUUUACGAAAUCUAAAUAUGGCCAAAACAUUGUACGCUUCAAGUAUUCAUCAGAAUUAGAUCGAACCGGAAAAGAUGCUGUGACUUUCUUUGUGAAUCAAGAAAGAUAUUACGACUACAAAACAAAUUCUUGCAUUGAUGACAAAAAUCAAUGUCUUUACUAUACACAGGUUGUUUGGCGUACAACUACUUCUGUAGGAUGUUCUGGAAACAAAUGCUUGAAUAAUCAAGGAACCCUUUUUACUUGUUAUUAUAGCCCUAAAGGCAACAUUCCAAAUGAGCGCCCCUAUUAA